UACUUACAAAAUUCUAUUUUAGAAUUAAAAAGAAUGUCUAAUAUUGCCACAGCUAGAAUCCAACGUGAGUUUAAGGAAGUUGUCAGGAGUGAAGAAGUGUCCAAGAACAAUAUAAGACUGGAAUUGAUAGAUGGUAGUUUUUCAAAGCUUAAAGGAGAAAUUAUGGGACCACCCGAUACUCCAUAUGAAGGAGGAAAAUUUAAUCUUGACAUUGUCAUUCCAGAAACUUAUCCAUUUAAUCCACCAAAAGUGAAAUUUAUUACCAAAAUAUGGCACCCCAAUGUUAGUUCGGUGACAGGUGCGAUUUGUUUGGACAUACUUAAAGACCAGUGGGCUGCAGCAAUGACUUUAAGAACUGUUUUAUUAUCAAUCCAAGCAUUAUUGGCAUCCCCAGAACCUGAUGACCCACAGGAUGCUGUCGUUGCACAGCAGUUUAAAGAACAACCGACUGCUUUUUUAAGGACUGCAAAAUAUUGGACAUCAACGUAUGCCGAAGGUGGGGAGGAGUUAGACUCGGAAUGCCAAGAAAAGUUAAAAAAACUUGUUGAUAUGGGUUUUGACUUAGAAAGCAGUAGAACAGCCUUGUCCACACAUUCAUGGGUUGUAGAAAGAGCAAUAGAGGCAUUGUUUAACACUUAAUAACAGCUAUUAUAGCUAUACUUAUGGUUAUAUUGUAAUUAUUUACUGUUUAAAUGGUCAGCUGUAGACAUAGCUACUACAAUUUCUCAGAAAAAAUUUAAUUGACACAAUAUUUGGAGUAUACUUUAUAAUUUCUAAGUAUUUCUAUAAUGUCUAUAUCUUUAGCAAGUAAUUAUUAAUAAAACAAGAGUGUGAUAUGUGCUACUUUUUGUUCCUAACAAAGAAAAUUUUAUUGAUGUAAGAGCGUCUAACAUGCAAGAGGAAAUUUUUUAUAAUUUUUACGUUCUGAAAACAUGAAAUCUCCUACUUUGUUUCAUGGAACGAGCCUAAAGUGUAAUUUUUAAAUUUCGGAACUAUAUGUUGUGCUAUACACGAUUAUUACAUUAUACAAAGCAUUCUUUAUAACUAGUAUAAUAAAGACCUCUGGUUUCUAAAAAAACCUUAGAAAAAAAAGUAGGGGUGGGAGAAGGGCAGGGCAGCUCGCCCGCCUUUUGUCUCCCCGGUGUCGAUGGCUCUGUUUCCUUUUUACUUGUGUUUCUUUGUGAGCUGUUGUAAGUGUUUAGUUUUUAAUAUUUUUUUUAUCUGGAUCUGCUCGUAAUCAUGUUCUGGUCUGUUUAGCAAUGCUUAGUCUAAAUAUGUUCAUGUUUAACAGA